AUGAUUGUGACUCUGCAUGAAACUCUGUUCACUGUAGAUGACACCAGAGAUGUCCGACCGUACCUGAAGUACUACGAGACCCUCACUUACGACAAAACUGCUGUACAUCAGCAGCACCACAGACUGAAGCGCCACAUCGACCCGGACUCCCAGGAGCUGCACUUGGACUUUGAGGCUUAUCAGAAGCUUUUCCAUUUACGACUCAAGCGAGACUUUGAAGGAUUUGCCGAUGAUUUCAAGGUCCUGUCUGAAAACGGCUCACGGAGGGGCGACCUCUCUCACGUCUACUCAGGAAAGCUGGAAGAUGAUGACAGAUCUUCAUGUGAGGGUUCAGUCCUUGAUGGCCAGUUUGAAGGCGUCAUCAAAACCUCAAAUGGCACGUUCUACGUCGAGUCUCUGUAUAACUCGACUGCUGAGCGGUCCGAUCAUCACUCCAUCAUCUACCACGAGGAUGAUAUUGAUAAUGUUUCACUGGGACGUAACCGUGCUGGAUUCUGUGCUACAGACCGACUUUACAGCGUCAUCCAAAACCACAGACAGGAUGGCCCGAUGCCCAGGUCAAAGCGGACAGUCGACCAGUCCAAAACCACCUGCCUCCUCCAUCUGCACGUCGACUAUUUGUUUUAUCAGAGAUUUGGCAGCAUCGAGGCCGUCGUAGCCCAGGUCGCCUCUUACAUGAGAGCCGUAAAUGACAUUUAUCACAAAGCAGACUUUGACGGGAUCGACGUGAUCAACUUCAAGGUGAAAUCACUGAGUGUGGUUUCAGAGGAAGCCCCCGACGACCCCCUGCAGGAGACACACGUUGGCCCUGAGAAACUGCUGAGUGUUUUUUCUGAGAUGAACUGGGGUAACUACUGCCUAUCUUACCUCCUCACCAACCGAGACUUCAACGGUGUUCUCGGCCUGGCCUGGGAGGGAAAACCAGAUGAUUGGGGAGGAAUCUGUUCCAGACCCGUCCGCAUAAAAGACGAUCGAAUGUCCAGCCUGAACACUGGUCUCGUCACCUUGAAGAACUACGGCUUCUACCUCCCCCCCAAAUUUGUCCACUUGACCUUCGCUCACGAGCUCGGCCACAGCCUGGGCACUCCUCACGAUGAGGGCUCGGACUGUGCAGGCCCGGAGAUCACUGGAGGGAAAGGAAUGUUCCUGAUGUUCCCGCACGCUGCGAAUGAAGUGAAGGAAAACAGCGACCGUUUCUCCCCCUGCAGCCUGAGGGACAUGAGCCGUCUACUGCAGUUAAAAAAGGAUCGAUGCUUCGUAGUCAGCGAUCAGCCGAUCUGUGGGAACCGGAUUGUGGAAAAAGGAGAGGAAUGUGACGUGGGCCACAAUGUGAGUGAUCCAUGCUGCUACAGUUCAAAGGAACCACAGGGCGUCCAGUGUCGACUCAAACCCAACAGGCAGUGCAGUCCCAGUCAGGGUCUGUGCUGCAGCUCCAGCUGUGUGUUUAAGACCUCAGGAUUGAUGUGUGAGGACGAGUCCGACUGUCGGAGGAAGAGUGUGUGUACGGGAUCGUCCGCCACCUGUCCUAAACCCGCUGCCAAGCCAAGCAUGACGGUGUGCAGUCUGGGCACUCGAGUUUGUCUUAACGGGGAAUGCUCUCGCUCUCUGUGUAUGAUACACAAUCUGGAGCAGUGUGACUGUCCAGGGGAGAACAAGAAAGAAAAAUGCCACAUGUGCUGCCAGCAGAGAGGUGACCCCAACACGUGUGUAAGCACCACCUCCUCAGUUCUGUCACCGUACUUUAAAAGGAUGCGGGUGGCGUUGGUGCCUGGAUCUCCAUGCUCUGAAAACCAGGGCUACUGCGAUCACUUCCAGACGUGUCGGCUGCUGGACGCAGACGGACCCAUCGCCAGGCUCAAGAACUCCUUCCUGCACCUGGGUGAAUAUCAGGAUCUUGCGGACUGGAUGAAGGCCUACUGGUGGGCGAUCCUGUUGGCCAUACUGGGAAUUUCAGCAGUAAUGGCUGGCACUGUCUGCCUGUUUGGACACACCCUGGAAAGUCCUGGAGAGUGACGACACUGAAAAACAUCAUGUUAAUUGAAAAUGAUAAAGAAAUUCCUUAAAGACACUUAGGUCAGAGUGAAAUAUUUCAGCUCUUUUCAGUACUUUUCUGCAGACCUGGAACUGUGAGGCCUUCACUGAAAUCUGAAGUCAUCACACACUUACUUUUAUCUGCUUUAAUCUGUUAUUUGGCAUCUCAAAUAAACAU